AAAGGAAAGGAAAGGAAGGAGGGGGACUGGUCAUAGAGGUCCGAUGCGUCACGUUCAUUUGGGCCUUGUGGAGCCCCGCCGGCUGCGCGUCGUCCGAAUGUGUGUUUGUUUUCUUUUCUUUUCUUUUUUUUUUUUGCAGAACCGGAACCGCUUUUUUUUUUACACUCCUUUAACUCUAGUGCAUUCAGGAUUCAACCGGGAAAUAAAUAAGGUGAAGUUCUUCAUAUAAUGUAACAAGACUCCUUGUCAGUCCUUGAAUCCGAUAAAGACCCGACGUACCGGGACGUUUUGAAUAACCGAGGUCCUGUGACAGCUGAAUCCAUACAUGUACAGCGGAAGGAUGACCGAGGCAUGGCAGCAGCAGCAUGCAGUGGCCCCUCCUCCUGUUGCACAUCCUCUUCUUCAAGGGGCCGAAAAUCCCCUUGGUAGUGCCGUGUAUGGGAUCGUCCUUCCGACAGACCCUGCUUUACAACAGUCGCAGCACGGUCAGCACAGCCAGCAGCACCCCGUGCCCGCUCAACAGCCGUCCCUGCAAGUUGGGAGCGAGGGCGGGCACAAAUGUGGAGCGUGCGGCCAUGAUAUAUCGCACCUGGCGAACCCGCAUGAGCACCAGUGCAUGGUGAGCCAGGACCGUUCUUUCCAGUGCACACAGUGUAUGAAGAUCUUCAGUCAGGCCACUGAUUUGCUGGAGCAUCAGUGUGUCCAGGUAGAGCAGAAACCGUUUGUUUGCGGUGUGUGCAAAAUGGGAUUCUCUCUUCUCACUUCUUUGGCACAGCAUCACAACGAGCAUUCGAAUGGCAACAACCCUAUGAAAUGCUCAAUCUGUGAGAAAACCUACAGGCCAGAUUCUUCCUCAUCAAACCCCCAGCAGCCAUCUACCGGCGAGACCUCCAGCAGCGGUGCUGCAAUGGGCUCCUCUUCGUCCACGGCUUUUCAAAACUCAGACAGGCCCUACAAGUGUUCGGUGUGUUCGAAGGCUUUCCGACACCUCUCCGAGCUCUCUCGACACGAGCGAGUGCACACAGGGGAGAAGCCGUACAAAUGCAACACCUGUGACAAGAGCUUCAGCCAGGCAUCACACCUGGCGCAUCACCAGCGCACUCAUAGUUCUGACCGCCCUUAUAAAUGCGCCGUCUGCGAUAAGACCUUCAAGCACCGGCAGCACCUCGUGCGUCACAUGUACGCCCACUCCGGUGAGCACCUGUUCAAGUGCAACUUGUGUGAACUGCACUUCAAGGAAUCGUCUGAGUUGCUGCACCACCAGUGCCAGCCUGCAGGUGAACGACCCUUCCGUUGUGCGACGUGUGGGAAGACCUUCAAACGGCCGUCGGACCUCCGGCAGCACGAGCGCACCCACUCUGAAGAAAGGCCGUUCCAAUGUGAAGAGUGCCAGAUGAGUUUCAAGCAGCAGUACGCCCUCGUGCGACACCGCCGCACUCACAAAAACCCAGCGGAGCGCCCUUUCAAGUGCAACCAGUGCGACAAGGGCUUCCUUCAGCCAUCCCACCUUCUGUACCACCAGCAUGUCCAUGGAAUCGAAAACUUGUUCAAGUGCGCCGCUUGCCAAAAGGGCUUCAGACAGUCUGGCGAACUACUCAGGCACAAGUGUGGAGAAUCCGGGUCAGGCUCCAACGCACCCGAGAAACCGUACAAAUGCGACGUGUGCGGCAAGGGCUAUAAAAAAUCCUCCACUCUUCAGCGACACCAGAAUUCCCACUGCACCGAGAAGCCGCUCAAAUGCUCCUUGUGUGGUCGUCGCUUUCAGUCAUCGUCCGAUUUCGUACAGCAUCACUGUGAUCCUGCUCGCGAGAAACCAAUGAAGUGCUCGGACUGCGAGAGGCGCUUUAAAUAUUCCUCUGAGCUCCAGAGACAUCGCCGCGUCCACACGGGAGAGAAACCUUUCAAGUGCCCAACCUGCGACAAGGGAUUCAAGCAGCGAGAGCACCUGGCCAAGCAUGGCAUUGUCCAUUCACGGGAAGCCCAGUUUAAAUGCGUGUGGUGUGGGGAGUGCUUCGGGGAGCUAGGGGCUCUUCAGGAGCACACAGUUCAACACACUGCAGAAGGAGGGGGGUAUCCAGUAGCCCCGUGCAUACAGUAAUGGUGCUCCAGCAGCGUUAGUCUCCCAUCUUGUUUAACAAAGCCACGAAUAUAGCGCUUAGAUGAGAAACACCCCAGUAUUCUAAAUGUGCUAUAAUUUAUUGAGGUUCAUUUCAAGACUCACAGCCUGUGAUUAUACUUUUCAAUUCUGUGUACCAGUAUUUUCCAGCCAGGCCUUAAAAAAAGCUUAGAUGCAGAAUACAAAAAAAAUGUCCAAAAACUAUUAAAAAGUUUAUAGGAUAUAAACCCGACGAUGACUAUUCUAGAUUUUUAGCUCCCUGAUAUUUGAAAUUGAAAUUCAAAUACAGUGCUGUUGUAAGUGUUGUAGGUGUGACCGAUUUGUGUUUUCACGGUUUUAAUAUUAACAAGCUUAAUUCAGUCAUUUUGUUAGGAGCACUUCCCAAAAACGAGAAAAUCAAAAGGAUUUCGCUGGCUGGACUAAUUAUUGAGGCAUGUGACAGAAAGUGUUAAAUUUCCCCCCAUCUUGUACAGUACAUGUACAACCUCAUGCUUUUUACCUGCCAUAGUACUUGUAUAUAUCUUAAGGCAAACUGCUCCGUAUAGUAACUCGACCAUAUAAACUCCAAUGCCUAACCCAUGAUGUAACAGGGUAUGUGUAUGCAUGAAUAAUCUAAAAUCUCUAUGUUAGUAUUUUAUGUUGUAAACUGUACCUGGUGCUUAUUUGUAUGUUGUCUUCUAGGCAAAAGAACAAAGAUAGUUAUUUUGAAGUGAUGCAGUUGUAUGGUGACGAGUGUAAGUGGUCGACUCAUCCCUGCAGUUAUCAUGGUUAUUUAGACAAUGAUCAGUAACAAUCAUACAUUUAUACAGUUUACAGUUUGGACUUGCAUUUCAACUGCCCAGUAACAGCAUGUCUGACAACAAUUUAAAACAUACACGCACACACGAGCUGGUGUUACCGCUUUAUCGACGCUCUAAUAUCUUUAGUACUAUUCAGAAAUUGAUGUUUUGUAAUGAUUUAGUACAAUAGUACAAUUUAGUGUCUGUGUAUAAACCAUACUGUAAACUAUAUGUCCAUGAUCAUUCCUCUCUAAGGACACUUAUUACUUUAUUACAGUGGAUGUAGUAGGCUUAUUUUACCUUUUAUGAGAUAUUUCUAUUUUAUUUUGUCCGUUUAUACAUGCCUGUGAUGUCCCUUUAAACUUUAGGUUUGCAUUCUAAUAUUUAAAAAAAAAAAAAAGAGAGAGAAAAAAGUAGGAGUCGGAAGCACCUUGGUCGUAUUCAGCAGUAUCACAAGGUUUGUUAGGUCUAGUUUGACAAAAUUGCACCUUAAUCAACCUUAAUCAGAAUAUCAAUCACCCUUGUAUGCUGAUCAAGAUUAAACGGAUGACGAAUACAGGCAAGCGUCCUGUAUAGAUGUUCUAGAAAACGAUAGAAAUAUAUUAAAUGUUUGUUAACUCUAACAAAAUACUCCUUUAAAAUGUUCAGGCACCCUAUACAUUUUUCCCCCUUCAUUUCAAUGUCCAUUUAAUGUCACAGUUACACUACAUAAUUAACGCAGGUCAUUAAGAUGAAAUAGGGAUGUAGCCUGAUCAUCCACAGGUGUAGUACCUAUAAACCAUUCAAUAGUUUUUUUUUUUUUAAUUAUUUUUAUUUUAUUUUUAUUUUUUUUCUUUUGCUCACUUUAACGUUUUUAAGUGUUUUUAAACAGUGGGGCGUUUGAAAUAUGUAAAUAUCUAUAUGUAAUAAUUUGUCCAUUCUUUGCACUUGUAUGUAUUGUGACCUUAGGCUACAUGACAUUAACCAAUAAAUGUUUGCAAAUA